AUGAAUAAAUUUUUUUUGACUGUGUAUUAUUUGUCACUAUUCACUCUGGUGUCAUGUAGUGAGACUCGUCAAAUAUCCGAGACAAUUCAUGUUCAAGAUAGUAGAUCAUCUCGAUAUGCAUAUGGAAGACUAGCCGAACAAUAUUAUUGCAAAUAUCAAAAUCCUUAUGUAUAUGCGUUAAAUGACAGAUUGGAUAUAUUUUCAAAAAUUCCCGGUCUUACUUCUACGUUUACUCUUCCUCAACCAACAUUGUAUAAAAUAACGUUUCAAGCCAAUUGUAAAGUGGCUGUACCAGGACGAUUGUUUUUGAGAAUAAUGGUUAAUGAUCAACUAAUUAUCGGUGAUCGUCUUAUACCCAAUACAUCUGAUCGACAUUUAAAUCAAACCAUAUUAGGUACAACACUAACUGAAGUCGAUUGUCGUGGUGGAUGUUUUCAGUAUAGUGGGAUUGAUCGAGUAGAAUGGGGAUGGACAGAGUAUGCAUGUUCAAAAACAGAAAUUAUUUAUUUGAAGCCCGGUGUACAUGUAUUUGAUGUUGGUGUACGAAUAAAUGAAAGAGAAUUUGAGAUUAUUGGAGGAAUUUUACAGUUUGAAUUAAUUCAAUAUGAACAAAAUUCAAAUAUUGGAAUUCCACUGUCGGAUAUAAAUUUUAACAACCAUAAUCAGUAG